UGAAGUUAGAUGUUGCAGAAAGUGCAGCAAACGAAAGAGAAUUGAAAGCAUGGAAAUGGCGAGAGAAUUGUUUUGAAUGCAAAGAUCUGAAAUGGAGAAGGAGGUUCUGCCAUUCGAUGUUAUGAUAAACAUUCUGAAGAGGGUUCCGGUGAAAUCCCUAAUCAGAUUCAAAUGCGUCUCAAAAGAGUGGUUAAACAUCUUAGAAAGAAGCCCUUUCUUCACCAAACAGCACCUGGAGCACUUCGCCGCCAACAACGCCCUUCUCCUCCUCCAACGCAUCCAUCGACAGCCGCGACCUGAACCCUUCUCCACCUGCUUCAUCGGACCCCACCACGACCUCAUCGACGAAUCCCAUCUCUCCCACAUCGUUUCCCCCUCCGCCAAGAUCCUCGCCUCCUGCAACGGCCUCCUCUGCCUCCGCCACAACAUCGGCCUCUCCAUCCUCAACCCGGCCACCCGUCAAAUCAGACAGGUUCCCAUCACAAACCUUUUGGCCUUCAACUACGUCGGAUUCGGGUUCAACCCCCUCGCCAACGAUUACAAGAUCAUCCGAAUCUCCAUGUGCGUCUUCGCCCCGGACGACCAGGUGGUCGUUCUCGACAACAUUAGGGUUGAUCGGGUCGAGGUCUAUUCGUUAGCCUCCAGCCUCUGGAGGGAAAUCGACGCCGAAAAGUUGCAACCUUUGUGUAUUGUCUCUUGUUCCGUGGCCAUCACUGGAACUAUAUUUUGGCUUGCAAACACCAUAACUUCUGCUUCUAACCCAGAUUCUGAAUUUGUGGUUUCAUUUGACAUCGGCAGGGAUUUGUUUACUUUGGUGAACGGCCCUCCGAUUCCAAAUUCGCCCUAUCAUCCCUACAACAACAACAUUCUUGCUGUUUGCAACGAUAAACUUGCCAUGUUUCGGAACUACAUUGUUGGGGCCUUUGAGUCUGGUUCUUGUUCGUUUGAUUUGUGGGUGUUGGAAGAUUUUCAUGGUGAUGAUCAUGAUGGGGAGAGUUGGGUGAAGAUGUACAGUGUGGGGCCAUUUUCGAGGCUUGUGUAUCCUUUAAGCCUUUGGGGAGAUGAAAUUGUGUGCCGGGAAGAGUUGGCUGAAGCGGAGAAUGAUUUGAGAACAGUUAAAACUGUUUUGACUCUCUUCAAUCCUCUCAGCAAGCAAUUCAAGAAACUCCCAUCUCGCAGAGACGAGUUUUUCUAUGUUCCCUUCUCCUAUUCUGAGAGUCUUGUUCCAGUUUCAAACCCUCUUCACCAUUAACAGUAAUGUUCAUGUUUCCUUUA